UGUGGAUCGAUUCUCAACAACACAUUAAGAAGUCCCCGCUAUCCAAUGGAAUAUCCAAAUAAUCUGGACUGUGUCCAUGAGGUCCCUAUUCCACGUGGCAUGGCGCUUAAAAUUACCUUCAAAGAUUUCCUUUUGGAGGAUCCUUUCUGGAUUGGCUAUUGGUUUGUAGAUGAAAGUUGUCCGCACUGUCUGAAUGAGAGAACGCUUUUUUUUGGAAUAUUAGGCCAAGGCUGAAAACGUUGAGGCGAACCAAUGCAAGUUGUAAUUUGGGUCAACCUAAAUUAAGUUUGACUCAAGUUCGUCUGUUCAGUCAGAACUAAUGAAGCGUCCCUCGAACCAAUAAGACUUCAUCAUCUGAACAGACGGACGGAACGUUUAGCUUGAUCGAAACUCACUCAGACGAACUUAACUAAGACAAACGUUGAUGACUUUUUAUGAACUUAAUUCCCCCAGUCUGGCUCAUCUCAUGAAAAACUCGACGUUUGGUCCUGGCCUUAAAUGGUUUCGAGUAGAAAAUUCAAUCAUCUUGACGUCAAAAUCUAAAGUUCAUUUUCCUUGCAAGGGUACAUCUUUUCAGCCCUUAUGCAAAUUCUAGAGAGAAGAUAGAAGACAAGAAAAACAACAAAAAACAUUAACAAGGCAACAACAACAACUAUGACGUCAAAAGGUUUCUAUGUAGGUUGGUUGCAUUUAGCAUUUUUAAAGCUUUACGGAAAUUUCACAAGAAGAAAAUCGACUACAACUAAAGUCCUUCUGCUAUUUUUUUGAAAGCAAUAUUAUAUUUAGCUUAUCUUCGAAAACUGAAGUAAGUCAUCGUGUUUAUGAUGUCAGUCCUCAUUUAAUAUUAAGUGUAUUUUUUGAAUGAAAUAUUUUCAGUUACGGCGAGGUUUACGAGGAUUACGUCAAGAUCGCCGAUGAGAACUACGUGCAAAUCGGCUUAUUUUGUGGCAAAAGUAUUGGAAAAACAGUUUUUGUAGGUGGAAGGCGAGCAAGAAUAACAUUCCAUACCAACCAGGCUGAAGGAAGAAGGGGAUUUCUUCUAUUGUUCACUUUUGUU